AUGCAGAACAAGGACUGUGCUGAGAAGCGAGAGUCCAAAUUCUAUGAUGGUACCACCCACCAUGAACGGAUGAAGAAAGACUGGGCUUUGUUCCGUCGCCGUUUAUGCCAGGAAAACCUUCAGUAUGAACAUGGUGUGUCUGAGCCUCCACCUUCACACCACCAACAGGCAAAUGGAGCCCAGGCAGUGGUAGACACCCAGGAAGAAAUAGAGUUAGAGUGCACUUCUUAUACUACACAGUACAAGAAGAGGAUGGUAAAAGCUUCACAUCAUGGCCAAAUCCACAUAUCUUUGUGCCGAUAUAGAAAACAUCCAAGAAAAGACAUGAGGGGAAAAACACAGGAUGGAACUGCAUCAUGCUGGUUUAAGGUCACAAUUCCACAUGCACGAAAGUAUAACAAGACAAAACUGAUGAAAUCAAUUCAAAGUUACUGCGCGCUUCCUUUCAUUGCUGUGGACUUCCAUUACAUCAGGAACCAGGCCUGUUUCUUUAUUCAAGAUGAGAUUGCAGCAUCCGCCCUGAGGGAUGUGAGUGGAAAGAUUCGGGAUGAUGACAACCGAAAGAUAGCUGUGUUCGUCCAUCGCUCUGCUGCACCCUACUCUGUGCAGAACCAACUGAAACCAGAAGAAAUGCAACUGCUGAAGCGCACUUUGUACAAACGGUAUGAUGCCAACACAAAGCGCCUUGACCUACAAAGUCUACGCCUUGACCCAGACUUGAUGCACCAUCAUAUUGACAUGAUACUGAAUCAAAGACAGUGCAUGGCUGCAACCCUACAGAUCAUUGGAACAGAAUUCCCUGAGCUCUCGGCUCUGAAUUUGUGCAACAACAAACUGUACCAUCUGGAUGGCCUGUCUGACAUUUUAGACAAGGCCCCCAAAGUCAGGACCUUGAACCUGUGUGAUAACGAGCUCCAGACAGUGCAAGAACUGGAGAAGGUAAAAGAGCUGAAGCUGGAAGAGCUGUGGCUGAAAGGGAACCCACUGUGCAGGAUCUUCCCUGACCACGCAGCCUAUGUAAGAGGGAUUUUGGAUUGCUUCCCCAAUUUGUCACGCCUGGAUGGCAAAGACUUAUCCCCACCAGUUGCUGAAAUGCAUGGACAGAAGACAACAAAACCAAGUGAGAAAAGGUCUCAAGAAAUCGAAAUGAUAAAAAAUUUGAUCCUCAAUUUCCUUCACCACUAUUACUUCAUCUAUGACUAUGGAGAUCGCCAUACUCUUAUUAAUGUUUACCACGAGAAGGCUUAUUUCUCUCUGAGCACUGUCUUCAACUCCACAGACCCGGUCCCGACCGAAUUGUAUGAAUACGCCAAGAUCAGCAGGAAUAUCAAGAACAUCACAGAAGCAAACCUGAGGAGGCAACUGCUGAAGCACACAAACCAUGCCAUCGUGGACACCCUCAACACGUUGCCUAAAACUCGACAUUACUUCAGCUCCUUCUCAAUAGACACCUGCUUCUACACAGAGAAGUCCUUCACUGCCACUGUCAAGGGGAUUUUCAAGGGAGGGAUGGUGACACUGCACAAUGAUGUCAAUGUGGUAGUAGUGGAAGAGGGCUCCAAGGCCCAGAAGAAAUUUAAGUGUCUUAUGCUGAAGUGGAUAAAGUGGGAUGAGCAGACAUCUAACAUAAAGGAAGAUAAUGAUAAGGAAUUUGAUGAAGAAGCUGUGAAGAAAACCAACAACUUGUGUGCUAGUCUGGGAGGGUCACAAGAAAUUCCAUUUGGAAUAAAAUAUGAUGAAAAGUGGCUGUUGGAUUUGUUUCAGAGCCAGUGUGGUAUCCCAUUCACACCAGUUGAGUUUCACUAUGAUAAAAUGCAAGCCCACUUCUUUGUCCAGAAUGCUAGUGUUGCUUCUGCAUUGAAGAGUAUCAGUGGGAAGAUCUGUGAUGUGGAUAAUGAAAGGAUAUCAAUCUUUGCCGUUCCUUCUGAUGUACCCCGCUCUGUGCAGGAGGAGCUGAAGGUGGGAAAAGCGGAACAGAUAAAGCUAGAAGUGAGCAAACAAGGUGAUGCUUCUGAGCAAUUGGCUGAUGUCAAAAGACCCAACACUGAAACAGGCAUGGCUGAAUGCAAUGUGAUGGACCAUAAAAUCAAAAUGGCACCAAAUGCUAGAAAGUGUAUGGCUCCCUGCCUGAGAUCCUGCGAAGGGAACAUGCCCAAGGUGAAAUCUGUGGGGGAGACAGACAAGGAGAAAGGGCUGGAACUUGAAGAGAUGUGUGCCAACAGAAAUCUUCAGGGUGCCACCUGUCCGGAUAAGUCCAGCAGCAUGAACUCUAUCCUAGAAUUGUUCCCCAAGAUUCUGAGCCUGCACGACCCAAAGCCUCCUAUAUCAACUGUCUGUGGUACUGAAACCCACAAGAUGUUACCACCCUGCAAGGGAAGCUUCUUUGGAUCUGAGAUGUUGAAGAAUGUGAUCCUGCACUUUCUUCAGCAGUAUUACCUGAUCUAUGACUAUGGGGAUCGCCGGAAUCUCCUUGGUGCUUACCAUGAUAAGGCCUGUUUUUCCUUGACCAUCCCCGUUAACUCCGUGAGCCCAGUCCUGAAAGGCCUGUGUGAGUACUUCAAGAACAACAGGAAUAUGAAACAUAUCAAGAAUCUCCACCUGAGGAGGCAACUGCUGAAGCACACCAACCGUGUCAUUGUGGACACCCUCAACAGGUUGCCUAAAACUGAACAUGACUUUACCUCCUUCUCAGUAGAUGUGUGGGUCCACACGGAAAUGAUGCUCGGCUUUUCUGUCAAAGGGGUGUUCAAGGGAGGAGAGCCUCAGGGAUCGGUUUGUGCUUUCACUAGGACCUUCAUCACUAUCCCUACCAGUAAUUUUGGCCUGUGCGUCGUGAAUGACAAGCUGUUUGUGCAGAACACCAGCAUCCAGGGAACUCAGAGCGCCUUUUCCACCUCAGUGCCCAUUCCCUGCUCUAGCUCCAUGCCUAUCCUCUCUCCGGCACAGCAAGAAAUGGUGCGCGCUUUGUCCAUUCAAUUUGGGAUGAACUCCGAGUGGUCUCAGAAAUUGGAGAGGCUGCAGAUGAGUGACAGGGCGGUGCGUGGCGCCGGGGCACGGACGGAAGCGGGGGCGGCGGUGCGCGGGGAGGGGGAUCCUGUUGACCGUCUGCUGGCCAGCGGGGCCGGGGAGGGGGGCGAGCGCGGCGGUGACGCGCGGCCGUCACGUGACCCCGAGCUGCAGAGGGACGCAGCCUCGGGUGCAGUCGUCACUCGCGUCUGA